GCAGUAGCGGUAUGUACUUUGUAGUAUUUAUUGAAGGAUGGCUCUCCUCAUGAUUACUCUAUGCACAUUUCUCAGCCAGAUUGCCUGCAAUCAAGCAAAUAUCUCGAAUGUUGUUUUAAUGAAAUGGUAUCGUAGCAAGACCGAACGCCAACGCAAAAUUCCGACUCCUAUGUUAAACAUGUCUCAUGCCUCAUUAUUACGGUCCUCCAUAGCCUUUCGUGAAUGGCUUCAUCGGAACACGGCUCCAAUCGCCAAUACUCCGGCAGCAAUCGCAGCACCUCUCGCGUUCAAAUGGCCGGCACGCGCAAUUUCAGUUCCACCAGGUAGGACAGGCUCAUGCCAACCACACAUGGUAACCGUCUUAUCAAAAACAUUACAACUCCAGUACGUCGUCAAAUGCCACUUCUCCUGCAACCCCAACACACCACCCUUCCCAAGUUCCGGGGGGCUCGUAACCAUUGCCUUCCCGGACUCCGUGCUCGUCGACGAGGCUGAAGACAAGGCUGACGCCGCAGUUUCCAGCGAUAAGAAGCCCGAUAACGCCGAGGCUGGUUCUGGCCUCGAGACCGUCGUCCCAGCCUCGCAGACCGAAAAGAGAACCAGCAAUACCGGGCAGGCGGUGAAGAUUCUCAUUUUCAGAGCUAAAUUCCAGAGACAAGAAGGACGGAAAAGAAGGAGGUUGGGAAGGCACAGGUUGAGUAAUGAGCAGGUGGCUGAUAACGUGAUGGGUUCGCACGUGCCGAGCUGUGAGUGGUUGGCUGAGGUCGAGGAUGUAGGUAUGCGUGCUGAUUAUCGUAAUGCCUGUCUUAGUUGGACUCGACAGCCUGAUUUUGCUCAAAGGUGGGCGACUAGCAGAUCUUGCACUCGAAACUUGUGUCUGAGAAUAUUGGGAAGUUGACAAAAUUGAAGGAAGGUCGGAAUUUGAAGGCUGUCCAGCUUCGACGGAAUGACAAUGAGUAACCAAGUACAUUUAAUUAUUCACGAAACUAAUCGCACAUUUUUAGGCACA